UCACAUCCAUGGGUAACAUACCCUCCGCGGUGAAGCAUUGCCUGAGCUAUGAGACACUCGCGCAGGAAUAUCCGUGGCUAGUCCGCUGGCUAGAGGAGGAGAAGUAUGGUGCCUUAUGUGAAUUCCCCAAAGCGGUCAAAAUUGUUGAGGUUGGACCAAGAGAUGGACUGCAGAAUGAAAAGGAAAUGGUUCCGACAGAGGUCAAAAUCCAGCUGAUAAACAUGCUCUCUGAGACAGGCCUGCCCGUGGUGGAGGCCACUGCCUUUGUGUCCUCGAAGUGGGUACCGCAGAUGGCUGACCAUGUCGAAGUCUUUAAAGGAUUUACCAAGUCACCUCAUGUCAAAUAUCCUGUCUUAACGCCAAAUCUACAAGGCUACCGCACUGCAAUUGAGGCGGGGGCAACCGAAGUGGCUGUGCUGGGGUCAGCCUCGGAGACGUUCAGCAAGAAGAACAUCAACUGCUCCAUUGAGGAAAGCAUGCUGAGGUUUAAAGAGCUCAUCUCCGCCGCCAAGCAGGCAGGCAUACCAGUGCGGGGGUAUGUCUCCUGUGCCCUUGGCUGUCCGUACGAGGGCCGCGUUGAACCAGCCAAAGUAACGGAGGUAGCGAAGCGGCUGUAUGAUCUGGGCUGCUACGAGGUGUCACUGGGGGACACCACAGGUGAGGGCACCCCCAAGGCCAUGGCUCUGAUGCUACGCAGCGUCAUGAAGGAGAUCCCCACCAGUGCCUUGGCCGUCCACUGCCACGACACCUACGGACAGGCACUAGCCAACAUCCUCAUCGCUUUGCAGAUGGGGAUUUCUGUGGUGGAUUCCUCGGUGGCAGGGCUGGGGGGCUGCCCACACGCCCCGGGGGCCUCGGGCAACGUCUCCACAGAGGAUGUUGUCUAUAUGCUCCAUGGCCUGGGCAUUGAGACUGGGGUGAAUCUUUCGAAAGUCAAAGAGGCAGGUGAAUUCAUCUGUCAAGCCUUAAACCGCCGGACCAACUCCAAGGUCGCCCAAGCCACUGUGAAGUGCUAGCCAAUGGAUGCCACACUGUGUCUCACAGAUGUUCUAAAACAGGGGUGGGGAACCUUUUUCAUUCAUAUUCAUUUGAGUGCUGUAAAAGUCCUCCGAGGGCCGUAUUAUGAACACAAACCUGGAUUUCCCCCUGCACUUUAGGCCUAUUGAAGGCAACCACCUUUAAAACAGACCCACCUUCUCUAGGUCCCUUGAAUAUAACUUAAUUGUAUUGGAAAUGCAAGUUUCCUUUACAAAAUAUGUCAUAUUUCAUGUGAAGCUGCAUAACAUGAAAACUAUAUUGGGGCCUGGAUAAAACGGCCUCAAGGGCCACAAACUGCAUCCUCGAGACAUAGGUUCCCCACCCCUGGUGCAAGGUGCAAUAACAUGUUGUGUAUACAGUGCC